CCACCUCAAGCUUCUGAGGAUACUCGGGACCAUGAAGAAUAUGACUUCUUUGUAAAAAACUUCACCAAGGAACUAGGUUUAAUCAGAAAUGAUAAGGUUGCCCAAAAAAGGAGUACCUAGACUUGAUCAAGUUCAAGAUGAAGAAACUUAUCUGGAAAAUUUAGCAAUACAGAGAAAUGCUUCUGCUUUAUUUGAAAAAUAUGAUCGGAGUGAAGUACAAGAAUUACUAGCUACGGCACUAGUUAGUUGGUUAUCUUCCAAAGAGGAUGUUCGCUUCCAAAUAGACAGCCCUUGUGGACUCAUGAGUCAAAUGAAUACAGUAGGCUUCUCUACUGCAAUUCUACUGACUCCUGUGGAUCCUUCUGCCCUCUUAGACUAUAGAGAAGUCCAUCAGAUCAUAAGAGAGUUGGCUGUUGGGAUUUAUUGCUUAAAUCAAAUACCUUCCAUCAGUUUAGAAGCUAAUUAUGAUCAGAGUUCUUCUUGUCAUUUGCCUCCUGCCUAUUAUGAUACUAGAAUUGGCCAGAUUCUAAUCCAUAUUGACUAUAUGCUGAAAGCACUGUGGCAUGGAAUAUACAUGCCCAAAGAGAAAAGAACCAGAUUCUCUGAAUUGUGGCGCACCAUUAUGGACAUUGAUCCAGAUGGGAAGCCUCAAACAACUAAAGAUGUUUUUUCAGAAUUUAGUUCAGCAGGUUUGGUUGAUAUUACAAAGGAUCCAGACUUUAGUGGAAUCUAUGAUGAAGACAUGAAUGAAGAUCCAACAUAUGAUCCCAAUAGCCCUGAAGAAAAGGCUGUAUUUAUGAAAUACGCUGAGCAUAUUAUGCUAAAGAUGACAUUCAGUACCACACAAGUUCAACAGCAUGAAAAUGUCUUCAUAUUUGAAACAGCGUACUGGCUUACUAAUGCUAUAAAAUAUACUCAGGAUUAUCUUGAUAUUUGUACCUACCAAAGACUACAGCAAAGGUUGUAUCUUCAAAAAAAGGUUAUUCAAAAACACUUUGAGAAGAAGAAAGAAAUCAGAAGAGGGAUAGGCUAUCUAAAGUUAAUAUGUUUUUUGAUUCCAUUUUUACUGAGUUUAAAAAGGAAGAUGAAAGUUCCAUAUUUAAACAGUCUACUUCAGCCUUUUUCAGAUGACAAGGUCAAGACAGAGCGGGAACUUCCUCCAUUUGUUUAUGGAAAAGAUUUUAAGUGCCAGAAUUUUCACUACAAAGAAAAUCAAUAUUUUCAUGUUCAUGGAGGAAUUGAAUUUGAUAUCAGCACACCUCCAAUUGAGAAUGCUUUGGAAGAUUUUAAGAACAACAUACAAAAAAUACAGGAUUGUGCUACUAAGACAUUUGCAGAAGAUUCAGGAUAUAAAGAACAUUACUCAAUACCAGUCAUGGAAUUAAACGGAAAGAGCUACUACGUGAUCUGUUUUGAUCUUGAAAUAUUUUAUCAGCAACUAUAUAAGACACAAUGGUGGGGAGCUAUAAAUGAGAUAGUGAACACUCUGAGAGUGAAAAGACUUCCCCUUACAGAAGCUCAAUUACAUGAACAAUUUAAGAAGAAAUUUGGUUUCAAAAAAUCUAUGAAAUGCAAGAGUAUUCCAUUUGGUAUGAAGUCUGCUGUUGAAAGAGGCUUAUCUGCUGUUUUUCAUACAUUUGGCCGUAAAACCUCAAGCUCAUCAAUCAAUGUUUCAGAUGAAGCAGGCUAUACUAUUUUCCAUCAUGCAGCUCUACACAACAGAGUUUCUGUUAUAUGUCAACUGUGCAAUGCUAACUUCAAUGUCAACCAGAGACGCUUUAUUAUGUUCAGCCAAGAGUCAUCCAAAGUGGACAUGAAAAGAGAAAGAAAUGGUCCAACACCUCUACACCUGGCUGCACAGGCUUGCUCCUUAGAAGCAACCAUCUGUCUACUCUGUUUCAAAGCUGAUUACACUCUUUCUGAAAAAAGAGGCUGGAUGCCAAUUCACUUUGCAGCUUUCUAUGACAAUAUCUGUAUCCUCAUUGCUCUUUGUAGAAAAGAACCUAGUUUAUUAGAGGCUGAAGCAACAGCUGAGAAUCAGUGUACUCCACUGUUACUUGCUGCAACUUCAGGAGCACUGGACACUAUUCAAUACCUCUUUUCUCUUGGUGCUAACUGGAGAAAAACGGAUACCAAAGGAAAUAAUAUAAUUCACUUGUCAGUGCUAACUUUUCACACAGAGAUACUAAAGUAUAUAAUAGAGUUAGAUAUUCCUGAGCUCCCAGUUUGGAAAACUUUGGUGGAAAUGUUACAAUGUGAAAAUUUUAAACGAAGAAUGAUGGCUGUCAUGUCCUUAGAAGUAAUUUGCUUAGCAAAAGAUGAAUACUGGAAAUGUAUUUUGGAUGCAGGCACCAUUCCUGCCUUAGUCAAUCUAUUAAAAAGUAAUAGAAUUAAAUUGCUGUGCAAAACUGUUGGGUUAUUGAGUAAUAUCUCAACCCAUGAAAGUAUAGUGCAUGCUUUGGUAGAAGCAGGAGGCAUUCAAGCUCUGAUCAAGUUGUUGGCUAUUGAUGAGCCUGAACUGCAUUCCCGCUGUGCUGUUAUUCUGUAUGACAUUGCUCACUAUGAAAACAAGGAUGUUAUUGCUGAAUAUAAUGGAAUUCCAGCUCUGAUAAAUCUCUUGGACUUAGAUAUAGAAAAUGUGCUGAUAAAUGUAAUGAACUGCAUACGAGUAUUAUGUAUGGGAAAUGAAAAAAAUCAAAAAGCAAUGAUAGAACAUAAAGGCAUCCAACACCUUAUCAGAUUCUUGAGUUCUGAUUCUGAUGUGUUGAAGGCUGUAUCUUCUGCUACAAUUGCUGAGGUUGGGCGUAACAACGCGAAGGUUCAGGAUGCCUUAGCUACUCAAGGAGCAAUUCCUCCCCUCGUUGCCCUUUUCAAAGGGAAGCAACUAAGUGUUCAAGUGAAAGGUGCGAUGGCUGUGGAGUCACUGGCAAAUCACAAUUAUUUAAUACAGAAGGAAUUUCUGGAAAGAAACCUAACUAAAUACCUUUUAAAACUCCUAAAGGCAUUUCAAAUAGAUGUUAAAGAACAAGGAGCCAUAGCCCUUUGGGCCUUGGCAGGACAAACUCUGAAACAACAAAAGUAUAUGGCAGAACAGAUUGGAUACAACUUUAUAAUAAAUAUGCUUUUGUCAUCAUCAGCUAAAAUGCAGUAUGUGGGAGGUGAAGCAGUCAUAGCUCUAAGUAAGGACAGCAGGCUGCAUCAAAAUCAGAUCUGUGAAGGGAAUGGAAUUGCUCCUCUGGUUCGCUUACUAAGAAUUAGUAAGAUAGCAGAAGGCACACUCCUCAGUGUCAUCAGAGCAGUCGGAUCCAUUUGUCUUGGUGUAGCCCAUACAAGCAAUCCUGUUAGCCAACAAUAUAUUGUAGAGGAAAAUGCCCUUCCAGUACUUAUACAACUACUAAGAAAACACCCUUCACCUAAUAUUAAGGUUGAAGUGGCAUUCUCCUUGGCAUGCAUUGUCCUAGGAAAUGCUUCCUUGCAGAAUGAAUUACAACAAUCUGAAGGAUUUAAGUAUUCUGAUGUCCUUGAUCUUCUUCACUCAUCAGAUAAGGAUAUUUGCUUAAGAGCAGGCUAUGCAUUGACCCUUUUUGCUUUCAAUAAUCGCUUCCAACAAUACUUAAUUUUGGAAAGUGGAAUGAUGACCAUAUCUAUUUUUGAACCUUUUCUUCAAUCAAAAGUUGAAACUGAGAAGGCAAUGGCAGCAUUUCAGAUUGUUGUAUUAGCUAAGGUUAUUAUAGAUGUGGAUCACAUUGCUUUGUGUGCAAGAGGUGUGACUAUUUUAGUUAAUAGUCUGUUCUCACGUAAUACUUCAACUAUUAUAUUGACAGGUAACUUAAUAGCUAGCCUGGCUCAUUCUAGAGCUGGUAUUCCAGAAGCAUUUACCACAAUGGGAACGGUCCAACGACUCUGCUACCACUUGUACUCUGGAAGAGAAGAGGUUCGUACAGCUUGUUCCUGUGCACUUGGCUACUUAACUUACAAUGCAAAUGCUUUCCGUAUCCUGUUAAAAGAAUGUAGGAAUAAACCUAAUCAGUUCCUUCGUCUAACAAAUAAUAUCAGCAGAGAUGCUAAGAUUAACCCAGCAUUUUUAAAGGAAUUUCAAAUGCAAGAAAUGGUGGGACUUCCUUCUUUAAGUCUGGAGAAGAAUGGAGGACCAUCAAUAAUUCCUGUCUUUAAAAAAGGAAAAGAACAUCGAAGGAAAGCAAAACCUAAAAUUCAACCAAAAGACUCUUUGACUUUAAUACCUCCUGUGACUAACUUCAUGGGACUCUUCAGAAAAACAAAAAAGACCAUUGUCUCCCAUAACAUUUUCUCUUUUUCAUCUGGGAUGUCAUCAGAUAUCAUAAAUGUAUCAAGGCCAAGAAUAGUAGUUUUAAGUAGACUUGGGCAACAUGAACAUGGAUCUUACCCAGAGCCUACCGAAGGCCAAUAA